AUGCCUGCGUCUUUUGUCAAUGAUCUCCUUUGUGGGGCUGCCUCUGAUCCAUAUAUCACUCCCCCCGCCGAAUUUGCACUUGUGUUGAAUCGGAAUAAACAGCCUAUCAACCUCACGAAGGCUCUACCCCACGACGGUCUCAUCCAAUCCGAUUUCAUUAACGAGAAGAUGUCUUCAAUAGUAGCACACACAACCUCGCUUUCUCUUCUUUCAGAUUCGGAUACAACUACAACUCCUGCUUGGUCGAGUUGCAUCAGUGUUGUUCUGGAUGAACGAUCUAUGAGGGAUAAGACGUGUGUCGUUGUGAAAACGGUGAGAAGGGCUGGACGAGAGGAUGGGGUAGUCUGUGUUAGGAUACCUUUUACGCUGACGGGGUGUCUUUUUGGGAUACAUACGGGGUUGGGGUUAGCCUUGGAUGCUAUGGUUGCGGGAGCGGACGAGGGUGGAGUUUUUAGGUUGUAG